AUUUUCCAAAUCCCCAUCUGAACAAUUUUAAUAGUGCCAAAAACGAUGUUUGGAGAGGAAGAUUCAGCUUUAUGGGGCCCGCCACAGGCCCUGUUGGAAAAGAAGCGUGGAGGAGGGCGGUCGAUGAGACUUGCUUUUCUUUGUUUGAUUCUCUGGAUGGCAUCUUCGGCCUCAUUUGGAGGCUUGAUAGCUUUGUGGGGUUUGAAUAGUGUCAAUAUGAACAGAGAAAGUUGUGGGGAUAGCGCACUGGCGAUGACUUUCUGGGAUCCUUUGAUCGCCAAAUGAUGGCUAGGCAGAUGAAUUGCCAGGCAAUGGAUAAUUAGACGAUUGCAUUGGAAACAUUUGAAGUGUAUGAAAUUCGAC